GCUCCACCACUUCGAGAAUUCUGAAUUACAUUAUUAAACCUAUUGAGCAACUUUUUAUCAAAGACAAGGCAAGGCACCUAAAAUGGAAGGCGACGGAGCCGAAAAUUCGAAGUCGUUUUCCGGAAUACCAGAAGCGGUUUUUGUAGAUAAUGUAGAUGAGUUCAUGAGCUUGCCGGAAAAUACUGAAGGUGUUGACAAAGUAUUGAGGAGGUUAGAUGAGCAACAUGGAAAAUACAAAUUCAUGGAAUACACAUUGAACACAAAAAGAAGGCGCCUUAGGCAGCAAAUACCAGAUCUUGCAAGAUCAUUAGAUAUGAUUGAAAAAUUAAAUGCUCAGAAAGAAGAUAUGGACACACAAUUUCUUUUGAGUGACCAAGUAUUUGUAAAGGCUAAUUUAAAACCAACAAAAACUGUAUAUUUAUGGCUUGGAGCUAACGUGAUGUUGGAAUACUCAUUAGAAGAUGCUGAAAAUCUGCUAAGAACAAAUAUGGCAACAGCUAAGAAAAAUCUAUCUUGUGUUGAGCAUGAUUUAGAUUUUUUAAGGGAUCAGUGGACAACCACAGAAGUAAAUAUGGCUAGAGUAUAUAAUUGGGAUGUGAAGAGACGCCAAGCGGCUAAAGCUUCUAGUUAAUUCAUAAAAUAUAUCUGAACCAUCACAUUAACUUUCUUUUCACAUUUUGUUUACAGUUUCACUAGCAAAAUUGGAAUGACGCUGUUCAUUUAAUAAUUUAUAAAUAAGUCAUUAGAUUCUUACUAAGUUUUAAUUACUUGGUUUCUUAUUUUUUUAUUGUUUAAUUACUAGAUUUGCUUUUAUAUUUUUUGUCUAGUGUUUGUGAGUAUUAAACAUUAAAUAAUUCUAUACCUAAUUUGAAAUAUUUUUAUAUCUUUAUCAGAUAUAUUAAAAAUCCAUUAAUGAUGCUGUAGAUCACAGAUCCCUUCAAAAUGGUAACACUUUAGAUAAUGGUACAACUUAUAGAAGUGGAACUUGUAAGUACCCUUGGUAUUAAGUAUAGGAAAUAAAAAUGGAGAGGAUCUACUUAUAAUAGAAAUGUGUUAGCUAGAUAAUUUGAAUUUUUAAACCUAAUUAUU